AUGGCACAACCUCUCACACAAUCACAGCCUCAAGCAACCAAACCCAAACCAAAAACCUCAAUCCUACGUUACAUUGCUAUGAUAAUUUUAUUCUUAAUACUUCUUGUUGGCAUAGCGGUUCUCAUAAUUUGGCUAGUUCUAAAGCCAAAGCAUUUGCAAUACAGUGUUGAAGAUGCUGCGAUCCAUAACUUCAAUUUAACCGAUGCGAAUCAUCUCUAUGCAAACUUUGAUUUCACAAUAAGAUCAAACAAUCCGAAUUCGAAAGUGUCAAUAUACUAUGAUUCUAUUGAGGUUUCGGUUCGUUACGAGGAUCAAACCCUAGCAACAAACGCGAUUCAACCGUUUUUUCAACCGCGUAAGAAUGUUACGAGGAUGCAUGUGAGACUAACCGCUCAAACUGUUGCGUUGUAUGAUUCGGUGCCGAAGGAUCUCAAGCUUGAGAAAACUUCGGGGGAUAUUGAAUUGGAUGUGUUGAUUAGAGCAAAGAUAAGGUUUAAGGUUGGAGUGUGGAAAUCGAAACAUCGGGUUUUGAAGGUGUUUUGUUCUAAUCUGUUGGUGAAUUUUUCUAAAGCUAAGACUUUUGAAAGAGACUCUUGUGAUGUUGAAAUGUAA